AUGCAGCAGCCCCAAAGCUGCUCGGGCGCUGUCCAAAAGCUUUUCCCGCUUCAACUCCCCAGCCUCUUCAGACACAAAUCCGUAGCUGCAGCAGCAGCAGCAGCAGCAGCAGCAGUAGGAGCAGCAGCAGCAGGAAUGGCAGCAGCAGCAGGAGUGGCAGCAGCGGCAGCAGUAGGAGCGCCAGAAGGAGGAGUGGCAGCAGCAGCAGUAGGAGCAGCAGCAGCAGGAGUGGCAACAGCAGCAGUAGGAGCAGCAGCAGCAGGAGUGGCAGCAGCAGCAGUAGAAGCAGCAGCAGCAGCAAAAGCAGCAGAAAAAGCAGCAGCAGUAGAAAAAGUAGUAGUAGCAGGAGUAGCAGCAGCAGCAGCAGCAGCAGUUGUACAGCAGGAGCAGCAGCAGCAGCAAGCGGCGACGCUGGCAGCUGGCUACCCAACACACUAG